AGUUUUAGCUUCCCCCAUCCUGCAAGGCCACUCAACCAUGUGCUAGCUGGAGUAAUCUUUAUUCACAAUGUCUUUACAAAGGCUCCUGCAACAGAACAGCAAUGGCAAUCUGGUGGACUACUGUGCUGGUCCAUCUUAUAACCCUGACUCCACACUCACAGGCAGCUUCCGAAUGGAUGAUAAUAGAAGGAUUCAAAUGCUGGCAGACACAGUGGCCACUUUGCCUCGGGGAAGAAAGCAGCUUGCUUUGACGAGAUCAAGUUCUUUAGGUGACUUCUCCUGGUCUCAAAGAAAGCUUGUUACCGUGGAAAAGCAAGAUAAUGGAACUUUUGGAUUUGAAAUUCAGACUUACAGGCUCCAGAACCAGAACAUGUGCUCUUCUGAGAUGUGCACUCUGAUUUGCAAAAUACAGGAGGACAGCCCAGCCCACUACGCUGGCCUGCAAACUGGUGAUGUCCUUGCAAAUAUCAAUGGUGUGAGCACGGAAGGCUUUACCCACAAACAAGUCGUUGACCUGAUCAGAUCUUCAGGAAACAUGUUAACGAUAGAGACUCUUAAUGGAACAAUGAUUCUCAAAAGAACAGAGCUGGAAGCAAAGCUACAAGUUUUAAAGCAAACCUUGAAGAAAAAAUGGGUGGAGUUCAGAUCUCUGCAGUUACAGGAACAGCGUCUGCUUCAUGGUGACUCAGGUAACUGCUCGAGUUUGGAGAACAUGGACAUAGAUGAAUCAGUUUUGUUUGGAACCCUGCCUGGGCCCAGCCCUGCCCUCCUGGACCGGAAUCGAUUAUCCAGCGAGAGUAGCUGUCUGAGCUCCAUGACGAUGGACAGCGAAGAUGGCUACCAGACAUGUGUGUCUGAGGACUCAAGCAGGGGAGCCUUCAGUCGACAGACGAGCACAGAUGAUGAGUGCUUUGUCCCCAGGGAUGGGGACGAUUUUCUGAAGAGGUCUUCUUCGAGGAGGAACCGAAGCAUUAGUACUGCCAGUAGUGGGUCCAUGUCCCCCUUGUGGGAGGGCAACUUCUCAAACAUAUUUGGGACCCUGCCCCGGAAAAGCAGAAGGGGAAGUGUCCGGAAACAACUCUUAAAAUUCAUCCCCGGCCUUCACCGUGCAGUGGAAGAGGAAGAGAGUCGCUUCUGAUGGGCUGUCUUGCCCUUUUGUAUUAGCUUAUUUCGUAAAUAUCUCUAGACUUGUUUAGAACAACUCCACCCGGCCUGGUGGGAAACUGUGGAGGGAUUGCAAAACUGAAACCCCGUUUCAUGGCAAUAGUGACCUUUAUUUAAAUUUUUGUGUCAUGAUUUUUGCUUAAGUCGUUUUGUAGCCAGGAAAGCUCUGUUUAUAACCAGAAGGUAGGGGAAUUAAGUCAUAAGUUAGAUACUAUAACAAAUUAAUGCACAUUCCUGCUCAUUUUAAUGCUGCCUGUGAAGGCAAGGGUUAUAUUUAUUUUCUGGAUUAUCUAUGUGAAAAACUGAGAACUUUUCAGAGUCAAGUGUAAAUAAAAGAGUGACGGAAUAUAAUUAUUUGGGAUACCUUCCAUAGGUUCAUUGGUAGGUCACGGAACCUUAUGUUUGCUUAAGAUCAGGAGCCUCCAGGGAGGCUUACUAAUAGGCAAUUUUGAACGUUUUCUGCUUAAAUCUGUGAAGGAUUAUAAACAAAGAUGAUAGUCAGCUAUGUUUCACAAACACAGCAACAAUAAAGCAGGAGGCAUAUAAGUUAAUAUUAGGGUUUAGAUCCAUGAGAUCCAUGGAAACAUGUUGUCUAAUAGGGGUGCUGAGGAAGAUUAUGAUACGGCCUUUUUUAUAGUCAGCCUAAACAAAAUAGGUGAGAAUGUCACUUACGCAAUUCCACUUUUGUUCUGCCUAAACUUUGAUGGCAAGUCUAGAAUUCUCAAGAUCCUGCAUACAACUUUGCAAUCUUUGUUUUUGAGCAAAUGUCUGAAAUUUGAAAAAUUAAAGCCAGGAAAAGGAUUUUUCUCCUGUAGAGUUGUUCGCAUUAUUCCUCACUUUAUAUUAUAGAUUCCACAGUUACUGCCUUAGCAUUCUUUUGCGUGUUGGUCAUGUUAGUAUCACAUUACUUCUAGCCUUUCAAUCACAUUUUCAUUCAAUAUCCAUUUGAAGUCCAUGGUUACUCUGUUCUGGUGAUACAGCUGCUCAUGACCUAUAUUCUAGAGUAGACAGUGUAAUAAAUAGUCCUUACUGAUUUAAAGCUGUGUGUGUGUGUGUGUGUGUGUGUGUGUGUGUGUGUGUUUGGGAGAAAGAGAUGUUUGAUAGGUGACUUUGAGUGGAACCACACUUAAAUCAAAAGAAUGAGUCAUUUUGAGAAAAAAAAAAAAGGAAGCGUGAGGAAGCCUGUAGGGUAAUAAAUGAAUGUUAAAAAAUAAAAUAUAAAAAGAUUUCUAAUUGGAACCUGCUUUCCAUUAAUUAUUUGAACUUAGAAUUAUCCAGUCGCUCUGCUUGAGAAUCAUUCAUAUGAAAAGCAGUUUGUAGUGUUUCACAGAAACAGUUACAAUCCUGUGUACCACUUACUGAAUACCUAGCAGGUUAAAGAUGCUUUCCAUGUGAUCCAUCCCUGUUAGGUGUUAGGCCUACAGAAAGGAGGAGGAAUUCAGAGAAGUUCCCAUGGCCAAGGACGAGGCUUACAUCGAAAGCCAUUCCUUUCUGGCUCUGGCCUAUCUUCAGUCUUUCGAGAUAUUGUUUACUCUUUUGCUGGUUCUAUGUGGUCAUCACCACAGAACUUCCCCCCACCCCCACUCCUCAGAGAAUACAUAAAGCACACCCCUCAGAGACUCUGCAUGGAUAAAAAUUGUCUUUGGUAAAAAAGAAAACAAACACA